AUGGAGCCUCUGCCGACGGAUCUCUUCCAAAACCUGUCGGCCGAGGAGCUGGUGGAGGCCCGGCGGGAGAAGCUGCAGCACCUGGCGCUAUGGCCGAAGCUGAACUCCGGGAAGCUCUAUCAGGUGACGGUGGCAGAUGUCCAUGAGUUGUUCGCCAUCUUCGAUGUGGAAGGCUCCGGUGAGAUCUCCAUGGAAGAGCUUAUGGAGAUCAAGAAGGUCCAAGGCCUCACCCUCUCCAAGGAAGACAUUGCCGCAUUAGGACGAGAUGCGGACAAAGAUGGCUCCGGUCUCAUCAGUGUGAAUGAGCUCUACAAAGCCUUUAUUCAAGGGGAGGUUGCUUACAACCUCAUAAAGAAGUCCAUCAAUGAAGAGAACGAUGUGCAACAUCUCGCAGAAGGGGAGUGCUUGAUCGAUGAUCUCAUCGAGUGGAUGAGGCAGGAAUACGACACCAAUGCUGACCUCUGGUCGUUGCCUCAAACACUGCUGCUCUUCUGCGUGUUCCUUUACACAGGCAGUGCUCACUUGCCCAUGCGAGCUGGCUGGGAGAUUGCUGAGAACUAUCCAGCCUCAGCAGUCUUUGGUUACUACAGGCUCUCGUGGUUAUAUGACAGACUGUCAUUGUACGAUUUCCUGGUGACCACAUGGAUCGCCCAGCAUCUCAAUCAGGACCUGGAUCUCUACCCGCCCGGGCGCUACUUCGGUCGGAACCAAGUGAUCGGCGGAUUCCGCUUCAGGCGCUUCUACACGACGCCGCAAAACUGCAGCAUGCCGGAAUACCUGGAACGGGUCUACUAUCCCUUUCCGCAAAGACUCACCGUGCAGUGCUUCAAGCUGGGCGGCGAAUCCUACGAGGACAGGUGGGUUUUAUACCAUGAAAGAAGCGACUCAGUCAGAAGAACGAUGGACGAGUGGACCUACAGCAACUGGUUGGAUGACAACACGACUGCUCUGAACAUCGAUUCCGUCCUCCUGAAUCCGGUUCUGGGCACGUACACGUUCGAGCAGCUCACGUUCAGAUUCGAGAACAAUGGCUUCACGAAACACGUGCAGUUUGCAGAGACAUUUCUGGCGGAGCCUUAUAAAGACUUGUCCGGCCUCGUGCCGGACGUGCUGUUCAUGCUCAUCUUGAUGCGCAUUCUGUAUUCAGAGAUCAAGGAACUGCUGCCUGCUCUCUCGAUCGGGUUUGAUGGUAUCAUGAACUACCUGCAAUUCUGGAACAUUGUGGAUUGGCUGGCUAUCUUUUGGGGGGCAAUCUGUGCUGGACUCUGGGUCGUCUUCUGCAUUCAUCUCUCCAUGGUGCAGCCCCGAAUCGAGCAGCUCCCCUUGCGACAGAUGGACCAAAUUGUGUAUGCAAACAACACCUACAUGCAGAGAUGGGAGGUGAACAUCAUGAUGCCACGGCCGGAGUAUGAAGCCCUGCUGGAGAGCAUGAUGCAGGCAUGCCAGGACGCUUCCAUUUGGCAUGAGGCUGUUCGAAUGCUCUGCGUCUUGUACCUCUUCGUCCUGAUGAUGAAGUUCUUCAAGUCUUUCAAGGCAAACGCUCAGCUGGACGUUGUCAUUACGACUUUGUCGGGCUCUGUUAAAGAUGUGUCUCACUUUGCGAUUGUCUUCCUGACCAUUUUCCUCUGCUACGCUUGGAGCGGUCAUAUCUUCUUCGGGAAGACUACAGAAGGUUGCAGUACGAUGCUGGGUGCCAUCUUCUGGCGCUGGUCCAGUGGCGUGGGAGUUGGCGACAUGGAAGAUCUCGAUUUGCUGGGCCGAAUCCUCGGCUACACCUACACUUUGUCAUACGAGUUCUUGGUGCUGAAUCUGCUGUUCGGCAUUCUGUUUGGCUUGAUCUUUGAGUCCUACGGCCGGACCCAGAAGGAGGCAGGGAAUCCAAUCUCGGUGGUGGAGCAGAUUCGCCGGGCUGUGAAGGAGAUGCGGAAGAAGAAGGACUUCCUGGACGAGUGGUACACCAUUAACAGGCUGAUAGAUGACGACAUGCCUGCCCACCCUGCCGAAGUGGUGACAGUGAAAAGUCUCGUCGAGGCCUUCCAAGCAGACAGCAUGACCAAGGUGAACGCAGCUGCCCAGCUGAAGAUUAGUUGUCCGAGGGAAUACAUCAUCAACCACGUGCGUGAAUACCAGACUAGCAAGACCUCGGAGGUGGAAGUGUCUUUGCUGGAUGCACUCCGUCUGGUGGCGAGAACGCGUACCUCGAGCCUCCGCUCCAUCCAGGUCACGGAGAGUCUACUGAGCAUGCUGAAGGCAGAAAGCCAGAAGCCACAAGAGAUGCGCUUUCGCUGCAUCAUGGCGGGCUUUGACCCCGACGCCCCUGGCGAGAUGCAGGAGUUCUUGCGUGUUCAGGCGCUGCAAGCACUCGAAGAUGACAAUCCACUGCCUGGCCAAGUACAGCCCGUGCUGCAGACCACAGCCGCAGUCCAACAUCACUCGGAGAGCAAGGCGACGGUGAACAGCCACAGCAUCGAUGGCACCAAAGAGGAGCCUGUUGAAGUUGUGGAUCGAAGCGAGCAGCAGGCGAAGGAGCAGCAGCUCCUCGCCACUCUCGAUCGCUUGGCAGUGAUCGCCCAGGAGUCGCAGGCAGAGGAUGCCUCAACGGUCUCGCAGACGCUCAAAGAAAUACAGUCCUACCAGGAGCAGUCGGCCAACUUUAACAAGGAUCAGCAGGCAGUUCGCAAAGACCUGAGCGCACACUGCAACAAAGCCCAGGAAGGCUGGGGCAGACUCCGAGAGCGCUUGAAAGAAGCUGAGCUGGGCUUGUGUGGUCCUGCAGUGGAGAAGUCGCUUUGUGCCGGAGGCGCCAGUCAAUUGGCCGACCGAUUCCAGUCAACGGACCUCCACACCCUCCAGGACCUGCCCGAACGGAUCAACCGUCUUGCUCAGCUGGCCAAGGCCUCGCGCAAGGCGGUGGAGAGUGGCAAGCCUGGCUUCGGCUCUGAUCCCCUGAAGCGCCUGGAGAUGAGCAUCACCAUGCUUGCCGACCGCUGUCGGAAGUACACGGAGGAAGUGGAGGCCCAGAACGAUCUGAAAGCGAUGCUACGCCGCGUGACCUCGAAUCUGGAAGAGCAGCAGCGAGCUGCAGAAAGCGAACGACCAGAGCCCCAAAGCCGCAAGCCCCGCCUGCGGCUAUAG